AUGUGUACAGUCAUCCUGGGCCAGGAGGAGGGGAUGUCUGGAAGAGGAAAGGGCAGUGGGAAAGGUCGCGCCAAGGCGAAGUCUCGGUCGUCCCAGGCUGGCCUGCAGUUCCCGGUGGGCCGUGUUCACAGGCUCCUGAGAAACGGUAACUAUGCUGAGCGUGUGGGUGCCGGAACGCCAGUCUAUCUGGCUGCGGUGCUGGAGUAUCUGACGGCUGAAAUCCUGGAGCUGGCCAGCAAUGCGGCCCGGGACAACAAGAAGACCCGCAUCACCCCCAGGCACCUGCAGCUGGCCGUGCACAACGACGAGGACCUCAACAAGCUGCUGGGAGGGAUGACCAUCGCUCAGGGCGGGGUGCUGCCUAAUAUCCAGGCCGUGCUGCUGCCCAAGAAAACCGCCACUGGGGGCGCCGCUAAAAAGUGA